AUGGUUGGCCAAGACACAGAGGGGCCAAAAUCGAAUGCACCCAUUGAAGGCCUUCGGUACCCAGCCGAAGCAUUGAAACGUAUCUAUGACACUCUUCAGCCAGAACGUUCCCACGGCCUUAUUUGUCUUGCCCCUGUUGACGAGGCCCAUCCUGAAAAUCGGGCACGACUGGUGAAAUUCGCCAUCCUGUCGUAUAACUAUGAUAUCGAGACUGGGCACAUUUUAGGCGAUAACUAUAUUCCAUAUGAGGCUAUCCUCAACCCAGCAACCACGACCGAUCCUUCGGUAGAGGAUUAUCUGCCCUGGCGAGAUCUUGAGACUGCAAGCUUCCUAUCCAUUUAUCUCACACAUACUGGUACUGUACUCUAUCUCGGUAAUGAAGGCCCGUAUAUAUUGGUUGAUAUCGGUAUAUAUAUUGGUCAUCUUGAGUAUCUAGGGACUGUACAACAUGAAGUCAUCACUGAUACAGAAAGUCGUGAAGAUUGCCUACACCUGCUACAUUUCGUCAACAGUGUUCAGGGCUUAUUUCCGUUGUCUAAGAGAGCUGCUCCCGAGAAAGAACCUGCAACCAUGACAUUAAAAGUUGAAGAAAAGGGUGAGGAAACGGAUCACAGUCCUCGGGAUGGAGGGUUGAAAGGAUGGGUACAAGUGGGUAUCACUAGCACAUUCGGCGCCUACCAAGACUUCUACAAGCAAGUCCUUUUGAGUGAUCUGGACAGCUCCAAAAUCGCCUGGAUCGGCACAUUUCAAGGCUUUCUCCUUGUUUCAGGGAGCAUUAUAAGUGGUCCUAUCUAUGAUAGAGGACAUUUCCAGACGCUGCUUACAGUGGGCAGCUUCCUCAUCGUCUUUGGACUGAUGAUGUCAAGCCUUGCAACAAAGUACUGGCAGAUAUUCCUCUCUCAGGGACUGUGCGUUGGCCUAGGAGGUGGGUGCAUCUUUGCACCCAGCGUAGCAGUUGUGUCAUCCUACUUCACUACCAAGCGUUCCUUUACCAUCGGUGUCAUGGCGGCCGGAGGAAGUGUCGAAAGCACCAUAUAUCCUAUUGUCUUCCGAAAACUUCAGCCACAGAUCGGAUAUGAAUGGACUACCCGCUCAAUCUUCAACCCCAAAAAAGCUCGUGCGCUGCUCGAUACCAAAGCCUUUCGCAACACACCGUAUGUCGUAUUCUCAUUUGGGUUGUUUCUGGUCUUCGUCGGCCUUUACAUACCCAUUUUCGAUGAAGUUUUGUCUGCUCAGAUGGGUGCACACUUGGAUACUGAUCUAUCAUUCUACCUGCUUUCUGUCCUUAACGCGGCUUCUACAUUUGGCCGGGUGAUUCCCGGAUUUUUAGCUGACAGAUAUGGAAACUUGGAAACUAUCAUUGUUCUGACGAUUAUUUCUGCCGUUUUUGCCUACGCUUGGACUGGAAUAUCCUCAUUGGGAGGGUUUGUUUGUUUCAGCAUUAUAUAUGGCUUCACUUCUGGCGCUGCUGCAUCUCUACAGGCCAGCAUGGUGGCAUCGCUGGUUACUGAUCCACGUUCUAUUGGUACAUGGCUGGGAAUGACUCUCUUUCUUGCCGGAAUUGGAAUGCUCAUUGGUACACUGAUCGCCGGUGCUCUAAUGGGAGAGGGAAGAAAUUAUUUGCUGGACCCAUACAUUUUCUCUGGAAGCUUCACAGGUGCUGGCGGUCUACUGUUCAUUGUGACUUGGUUAUUAAGAUCAAGAGAAAAGAAAAUUGUACAGUAG